GCUACUACUACCAUUUUUAGGGUUAUUGUUUCUUACCCAAACCCCAAAAUGAAGCAACCGAAAUUCCCAAAUCCCCUAAACCAAAACCCAUCACCACAACAAAUUCAACAACAAGAAGACCCCAAAAGCAGCAAUGAAGUCCCACAAAAGACUAAGCUUCCUACACCCAGAGAACUGGUAUCCCACUAUGAAUCACAAGGCAUGGGGUCCCGAGAGGCCUCAAUGAAGGUCAUAGAUGACCUCCACAAUGUUCUAUACAGGGUUAUCUCCUCCAACAAUGUCAACUCCAAGAAGGGCAAGCUCAUGGUUGAGACUUCAAGGAAGAUUGAUGUUGUCAAUAACAGGGUUGCCAUUGUUGAUGCUAAGCUGGAUUCCAAGCCUGGGUAUGUGGAUACCUUUGCUAUUGGGGUUGCCUCUGGAGCUGCUCUUCAAGGGAUUGGGAGUGUUUUGCCUCAUGUUUUUCAGGGCCUUGGCCAGAUUUGGACUGCUGUCAGGAGUGUUACUGAUAAGCCUACUUCUUCUUGAAUGUAUUUUCCAUUUAGUGCUGUUAUUGCAAAUAAAUGCUUGUGCUUUUGUUUUUUCUUUGUUAAACUCAAACUUUUUUACUGGACUACUGAUAUGUCAAGAUGAUAAUUAUGUAGCUGUACAAGCCUUUGUUUGAAAGAAAUUUGAAGAAGAAUUAGAAGAAGACACUAUUUCUCUGA